AGAAAGCAAAGCGAUGAAUAAGCCAACCGUCGAAGGUUUGUUGUUAUUGAAUCGAUGGUGAUAGGUAACAAGUAAUAGGUAAUGACUACAUUAAUGACAACCCUUUUCGUCAUGCAUUUACGGCAUUGCUUCAUGCGGAAUUGGGGAAUGGAAUCCCAUCCCCUAUCAAUUAGCUGGAGCCAACGCAACGCUAAGCUAGAUGCAACGGGUGAUUGGUCGGAAGGAUUUUUGCUCUUUUUCGGAUGAUGGGUCGUCCUUUUUCCCCGAUCGAUUGAGCAAGCUACGAAUUGGGAAUCAAGCCGCGUUACAUUUACAAUUUUACAUUCACGGUCACUAUCUGAAUCGUUUUCGUCUGCAAAAGGAGAGUCCCUCGAGAACUCGACUUAGCGCGACUUGUCAACGGCGCAAAAAAAGAAAAGAAGAGAACUCUGCAUUGGGCAUACUUCUCGGUGGGGAAAUUUUCUUUUCCUUUUCGUUCUCUUUCGAGCGACGAACGACCGAAUGGGGUUUUUGGGUGGAUUAUGGCGUGCGCGGUGCCUGACGGAAAACGGUCGAUCCGCACGGCGCAACCCAGUCCAGGGGUGUGUUCGUUCAUGAGUCUGAGAUUUUGCUUGAGUAUCCACUCAACAAGUCUCUCGUCUUUCCUUUGCUCUUUGCUUGUAUGC